AUGAAAGAGGGUGAAUCUGUUGAAGAUUACUUCAACCGGACAACCCAUAUAGUAAAUCAAUUAAGAAUGAAGGAAGAAAAAAUAGAUGAACAGAGAAUUGUAGAAAAAAUCUUACCAAGCCUAACUCGAAAUUUUGAGUCGGUUGUGAUCACGGUAGAAGAAACCAAAAAUUUGGAAGAUGUUUCCACUGAAGAAUUAAUGGGGAUUCUUCAAUCUCAUGAAUUGAGAUUGAAGCGAUAUGAUGACAAUCCAGUCGAACAUGCAUUUCAAGUUUCAAGUGCAAACCAAGACCGAUAUAAACAAACAUACAGAAACGAAUUUGUAGGGAGAGGACCAUACAAGAACAGGGGACGGAAUAUGAAUUCGAUAAGGUGUUUUAAUUGUCAUAAACUUGGUCAUACCGCCAAGUUCUGUCAACAAAAGGAUAAACAUGAAAGAUCGGAUAAUGUAUUAAUUCACAAGGAGGAAGAAACGAAUGAACAAGAAGAUACUAUGUUCAUGAUAUUCAAUAUGGAAGAGGCAGUCAAAAGUGACUGUUGGUAUCUCGAUAGUGGCUGCAACAAUCAUAUGACAGGUAACCGAGAACUUUUUACUCAUCUUGAUGAAUCAUUAAAGAAAGAGGUGAGGACGGGUGAUGACAAACGGUUGGAGGUAUUGGGCAGCGGAGACGUUUCUAUUUCGAUACGAGGACGAGCAAGGAAGAUACCAAACGUAUUUUAUGUGAAGGGUUUGAAACAUAACCUGUUAAGUGUAGGACAACUCAUACAAAAGGGGUAUGAUGUCUUAUUUAAAGGCGACAGAUGCAUCAUGAAAGAUGCGAAUAGUGAAGUCUUAGGUAUCGUCAAGAUGACGAACAAUAAGAUGUUUCCCUUAUAUCCCGAAAAUGAUUUGCGGUUUGCCAUGAAUAUGACAAUUAAGAACACUUCAAAUCUAUGGCAUAAACGUUAUUGA